GGAAAAGGGUGGGGGGGCCUGAGGUAGCAAGCGAUGGAAAGCUGGGCUGAGUCCAUGGGUAGGCGGGGAGGAAAUCUCUGGGGACUAGACUGGUGGCCUCUUCCUAGUCCGAAGCAACAGUAUCACCCCCCAAGACAUCCCACCCCGUGUUCACUGGACCAGCCCACUGAGAGGGCUAAGCUGGACCUGAGGAAGGGCCAGGCGCGAUACCAGAGGGGAGAUUGUCCGAAACGUAGCUGCCAGAGACCCAAGAGCUGAGAAACCUCCUGGACCGCUCUGCGCCUGGGCUGCGCAGACGGCAGAAGGAGGAGCCGCAGCCGGAGCUUGGGCCAAUUAGAGGCGAGGAAGGCGGAGCUUGAAUCUCAGAAGAAGCCUAGGCUCAGCCUGAUCUGUAGUUUCCCUGGAGAGAGGCAAGAGCAGGAUCCCGAGCGAUCGCAGCCUGCCUAGCAUCCUCUCCAGCAUCCCGAGCCGGGAUUGCAGGUGUGAGAUUGCAGAUACUUCUGCUGGAACUGGACCACUUGUCCUUCAGGAUUCUCUAAAGGAAAAAGAGUCCAUGGAAUAUAUGCCUAUGCAUAUGUAGAUAUUUGUAAAGACAUACGUGGGAAGAAGGCUCAGUUGAAGAAUUUCGUCUAUUGAACUCAUCCAUGGGCAUGUCUGUCUUCCAUGUUCUUGAUUUCUAAUUGCUGCAGGAGGACUAGUCCAUUGUGCUCAAAGCAGUGCCUUCACUAGUCAGGCUUGAAAGCAUCCCAUCAUGGCUUUCCUUGGUCUGCUCUCGUUGCUGGCCAUGCAAAGUAUGGUGACAGGGGCAACAUUCCCAGAUGAAACUAUAGCUGAGUGGUCAGUGAAUGUAUAUAACCACCUUCGAGCCACCGGAGAAGAUGAGAACAUUCUCUUCUCCCCACUAAGCAUUGCCCUUGCAAUGGGUGUGAUGGAACUUGGGGCUCAAGGAUCUACUCAGAAAGAAAUCCGCCAUUCAAUGGGCUAUGAAGGCCUGAAAGGUGGUGAAGAAUUUUCUUUCCUGAGGGAUUUUUCUAGUAUGGUCUCUGCCAAAGAAGGCCAAUAUGUGAUGAAAAUUGCCAAUUCACUCUUUGUGCAAAAUGGAUUUCAUGUCAAUGAGGAAUUCUUGCAAAUGGUGAAAAUGUACUUUAAUGCAGAAGUCAAUCAUGUGGACUUCAGUCAAAAUGUGGAUGUGGCUAAUUCCAUCAAUAAGUGGGUGGAGAAUUAUACAAACAGUUUGUUGAAAGAUCUGGUGUCUCCGGGCGACUUUGAUGCUGUCACUCAUUUGGCCCUCAUCAAUGCCGUAUAUUUCAAAGGGAACUGGAAGUCUCAGUUUAGACCUGAAAAUACCAGAACUUUCUCCUUCACGAAAGAUGAUGAAAGUGAAGUACAGAUUCCAAUGAUGUAUCAACAAGGAGAAUUUUAUUACGGGGAAUUUAGUGAUGGAUCCAAUGAGGCUGGCGGCAUCUACCAAGUCCUUGAGAUACCCUAUGAGGGAGACGAGAUCAGCAUGAUGUUGGUACUGUCUAGACAGGAAGUCCCACUGGCCACACUGGAGCCUCUGCUCAAAGCACAGCUGAUCGAAGAAUGGGCAAACUCCGUGAAGAAACAAAAGGUGGAGGUGUACUUGCCCAGGUUCACCGUGGAACAGGAAAUUGAUUUAAAAGACAUCUUGAAAGCCCUUGGGGUCACUGAAAUUUUCAUCAAAGAUGCAAAUUUGACUGCCAUGUCAGAUAAGAAAGAGCUGUUCCUCUCCAAAGCUGUUCACAAGUCCUUCAUCGAGGUUAAUGAAGAAGGGUCAGAAGCAGCUGUGGCCUCCGGAAUGAUUGCAAUUAGCAGGAUGGCUGUGCUGUACCCUCAGGUUAUUGUCGACCAUCCAUUCCUCUUUCUUAUCAAGAACAGGAAAACUGGUACAAUCUUAUUCAUGGGACGAGUCAUGCACCCCGAAACAAUGAACACAAGUGGCCAUGACUUUGAGGAACUUUAAACGAUGAUGUUUGAGGACAAAGAAAGCAGGAACAAAGCACAUUAUGUUUGCAAGUGGUAUAUAUUUAGGAUUUUUGUUUUAUAGUGUUACAUAAGGAAAUAUUUAAAAUAGUUCUGGGUAGUAGUAAUCCAUGUGACCUAUAAGUUAGCCUGUCAAAAAAUGUCAUCAGUAGAAAGAUUAUGAUUCCAUUGUGUCAUUGUGUCUGUUGUGCUGUUGUUUAAAAUAAAAGUACAUAUUGAAAAUGUGAACAACUUUUUUUCAUUUUAGAAGUAGUUGUAGUCUACACAACACUGUAUCUGAUAUUUGAAACCUGUGCUGUUUUGUUAGGAAUUGUAGUAAAAUAAUCCUACAAGGCAAAGUGUAGAAACUGUUGUUUCUGAGUUUCUUCAUAUCAUGCAGAAUCAAACACCAAAGUGAGCAACAUACAUGUAUAUAAUAAGCAAUACUGUAAAGGGGAGACAAAUAGGCCACAGAAAUUGAGAUUGUUAUUUACUGUAGAACUCCAUGACAAAAGACUUAGGAGAAAAUGUAGGAUAUGUAAGGUCCAUAGACAUUACUGACUUUGUAUAUACUGUAAUAUUAUACUUUUAAAUUAUUAAAGCAUACCUCUUUUAUUUAUUUUUAAAAGUUUGCUGUGAAUUAGUAUGCCACAUGACUCUAAUAACAAGCUCAAAUAUCUUAGUAGCUAUUCUGUAUGACAUCAAGAGGCCCCAUGGAGGGAUUCCCAUGGACCAUUUAAGAUUUAGUGAUUUUUUUUGAUGUUCACACAAAGAUAAAAUCACACAGUUGCACAUUCUCUAGACUAUACCCAAGAAAGCCAUCAAUUAGCAUAUUGAUGUACCAGGAAAAUAGAUGUAAUUACUUUAUAAAAAAAAGUCACUGGUAAGUGCAUCAUCUGGAAUCAAUGCUUCUUAAACUUAGUAUGCCCUGCUGACACCUGGGCACUUAUUACAAAUAUAGGUUCAUAUCCAGGAUGUCUAAGGUAGAGUGGGGACCACAGCUUUCUAACAUUUCUGUCAUCCUAAUGAUGCCACAGAUAUUUGACCAUAGCCUUUGCUAUUUGUCACUUGGGUUGCAAAAUUUUACUUGAAGUCAGCAACACAUUUUCACAGACUGAGAGAGAUCAGGGUGAAGAAAGGAGAUAAUCUGCACUAAUAAUACCAUGCCUUUGUCAAGCAUUAGCGUGAUUCCAAAGUAUUCCUAGUACAUACUAUAGAUAAAUGUAAGCUUCUUCUGUAUAUGACAACACUUGAGAUACAGUCAUUAAAAAUAAGGAGACAUUUAUAGGCAAUACCCAUGAAAGAAUUUAUGAAUAUCCAAGAACACAGUACUUAACACUGAGUCUUUUACAGCUUAUAUUUUCAGAGGACUUGUAGUUUAUUCAUAAAUCUUCAUGUUAUUGUAGAAUACUGCUCUUGUUUUCAUUUAUAAUUUAUGAAGCGGGGAUGCCUGAUAUUAAUUCAGUGUUCACAUUCUGUGCUAAGAACAGUCUUUAUCUCUGUGUCCUUCUUGUUAGUGACAUAUAUAGCUGUACCUACAUGUUCAUUUGUUAAAGAAAUGUAUUGCUUGUAAGGAAAAAUAAACAUCAUUAUGCAAUCAUG